CGGCUUAUUUCGUUACCCAAUACUCCUUUGGUUACUCAACGCUUAAAUCAUUCACAAUCUGCGCUUUGUUUACGAACACAAAAAUGGCCGUUCUCAGGAGUUGCGCCGUAUUUUUGGCUUUUUUGUUCAUCACUGACGCUCGUGGCGAUGCCUAUACAUCGGGAUUGUCGAAUCGGAUAGUCGUUACAAGUCGUGUGGGAUGUGAGAUAGUUACAAGUCGACCGCCUUGUCCUGCGACAUUAUUGAACUCAGAUUUGGCUGUGGAAUAUGAAACGGAUGCAGAGAUGGUGAACAUAACGAUAGAUGAUUUGAGAGCCGAGUACAGUCUAGGCGACGAUUGCGCGCAAACGUUGACGAAAAUUUACUGUUCGAAGAUAACACCGCGUUGCUACGAAAACGGAACGAAAUACUUUGAGAACGUCACCGAAAGUUGUUCGAAGGUAGACAGGAUUUGCCCGAAAGAUAGCGUCGAAGAAGGACUUUGCAAAGAUCUCAAGAUCGGCUGGCAACCACUCGACGCAUGUGUGAUGCCAACAGCAAGGAUCAAUGGAAGUUGCCCGCAGCCUAAAUCAAAGAUGCCACAAAACCUACUGAAUGUCUACGCCAGAUCGUCCGUUGAGUACGAAAACAUUGAAUUUUUUCACGAUCUCGUUAAAGCUCGUCUUGACAACGGUAGCAAAAUGUUCACAGCAAAAUGCAUCGCGAAAAUCCAGGAAUUAUACUGUAUGCCGUUCUACUGUUCCGCGGACGAAACGGAGUUGGUUGCUGAGUACAGUGUUGACGAUUGCUUUGAUAUCAUUGACGACUGUUUUCCAGUAAUUGACGACAUUCGCAAUAAAACACUGAAAGAAAUCGUGUCGAACCUUCAUGAGAAAUACAGUGGAAAUUGUGUUCUGUAUCCUGACGACCCAGACAGCGUGGACGGAUCGGGCACUACAAGCACUUCGAGCACACCGAAAGUAGAUGUGAUCACGUCCCUCGACAAAUUGAAUACUACCUCGACUCCCAACGGCACAAGUGACUCCACCUUAUCACCUCACGUGGAAAGCUCAACUCGAUUGGUCAAAACAGCACAUUCGGAUACAGACAGCGACAGUUCACCAAGCGACGAACCAGAAAUAUCUUCGGAGAAGCCGACGUCGCCUUUCGACGGGACAGUGGAAGUCAUUAUGACGUCGACGACCACAGCUGGUAGUGGAAACUUGGAAACUCGCUCGAUCCUCUUGGCUUUGGUGGUUUUUCUCGUCACGUUACAUUUCUUAUUCCAUUGAAGACUUUGUCCAUAGUUAAGGUGUCGACGCGACCUUAAAUCAAACGCGCACCUGAUUGGUCAGUUCUCAUUUUCUCCCGUCUUACACCUGGUUACGGGCGAAGGAAUAAAUAAACGCGCCAAUCAAAGCUCUUCUCAAAAAUGAUUACGAAAGAACUGACCAAUCAAGUGGCGUUUUGAUUUAAGGCCGCGAGUAAAUUGAUGUCGAAUAAUUCUUAAAGAAUCACAAAAGAAAACGCGAUAAGCGCUCGAGCUGUCUGCAUGCCUGAAGUGCCAGCAAAAUUUGACGAACCAAAUCCGUAGUUAAAAAUCUUUUCAGUUCAAGCGUCGGUUCGACAAACAAAUAACCAAUGUGGUUAAUACAUUGGCAAACAUUCCACAAAGGAUUAGAGUUAUCGUUCAAAUCAACUAAUUAAUUAAAGCUAUAAACAUUGCA